AUGAUGAAAUUCGUACGUUUUAAAAGCACCGUUUCGUCCUUGGGAAACGUGAUAUCGUCCGUCGUAGAAGGGCAAAUGAACGGAAUCUCGGAGCUGAAAGACGAAAUCGUGCGGAACAACAACGAGGUAGCCAAACUCGCCGAUAAGGUCAAUGCGGCAACCCCGAUGCGAAUACCAGCUCGCGAUCGUCCCGCUAAACGUCAUCGCGGUGACGUGGAAACCCCGAAUAAACCGACUACCGGUACCAGACUCGUUGAGAACCCCGAAAAGCUUGUGCGUAAUUCCCACGGUUCUCUAUUCCCGAUCGCCUCUCGAUCGUCCAUAGGCACAGCCCCGCGAAAACUGCUUGAUACAUAUAGCACCGCUGGACUUAAACAGAUGAAUGGGAUUGAAAACGAGAAUCAUCGGACCCUUGAUCUGUGCUUCGUUAGUGACGAGCUGUGCGUAGACUGUACGGUUACAGAAGCUCCGGUACCACUCGUAAAGACCUGCAGGCAUCAUCCUCCUUUACUAACGCAAUUAAAGAUCAGGCCACAGCAACGCUUCCGGGAUACUUCCGAAAGCCUUUCAUAUGAGUUUAGUAAAACCAAUUUCAACGGUAUGAACGACUUUCUGGGCCACGUUGAUUGGGAGGAGGUUCUCCGCGAUCAUGACGCUAGUCUCGCUGCAUCAACCAUUUCUAGCAUACUGGCAUAUGCUAUCGACCAGUUCGUGCCCGUCAAGUCAAAGCGCGUACCGCCUAAACCAGCCUGGGCGAACGCUGAUCUCAAGCGCCUUAAAACGAUUAAACGUGCAGCCCUUAGACGACACAGCAAGUAUCGCACUGAUGCCACGAGAAUAAGAUACGUAGAAAUAAAUACUACCUAUAAACAACUCAAUGAUCACCUGUAUAACGCCCAGCAGAACAAUCUGCAACGCUGUCUCAAGGCAAAUCCAAAAAGUUGUUGGCGCUACGUGAAUGAGCAACGUAAAGAAUCGGGAUUACCCUCUACGAUGUCCAAUGGUCUGCUCGAAGCCGACUCCGCCGCUGACAUUGCCGACUUGUUCCGUUCUCGGAAAAUUAUUUCCAGAAUCCAACGCCAGCUAGAUGAACCGACCGUUGACAACCUGUGGAAUUAUCUGGUGUUCGUCGCCUUCGUAGUGAUCUCGGCACUGAUCCCAAUUCGCAAGCGACUAUGCAGCCGCAAGGUGAAAACGAAAGAGGACUACGCAUUUGGGGCGGGACGUAUUUCCAUGCUAGCUAUGAUGCUGUCCAUCACCCGCGGUACGCUUGGUGUCAUCUCGGUUUUGGGCUAUCCGAGUGAGUUCUUCUACCAUGGCACCGCAAUGUGGGAGACAUUGUAUGGAAUGAUUACGGCAUAUCCUAUUGUGUGUCUGGUCUUUAUUCCGGUAUACUUCGAUCUGGGUAUCACUUCCGUGUAUCAGUAUUUGGAGUUGAGGUUUAAUAGCCGGCUGGUUCGGUGUUUAGCUUCGGGAACGUACAUCAUGCGCUCGCUCUUCAGUCUAGGAAUUACCAUUUAUACACCGACGGUGGCAUUAAACACCAUCAUUGGAGUUCCCUACUGGGUUUCGCUGGUGUGCAUUACUGUUAUCAGUAUUUUCUUCAAUGCCCUCGGUGGCAUGAAAGCCGCAGUUGCCGCAGACGUGAUUCAGAGUCUAAGCAUGACAGCCAUGUUGGUGGGAAUCGUUAUUUACUGUACUGUAGCAACUGGAAGCUUUGGACGAAUGUUUGAAAUUGCCGCCGAAAAUGGUCGCAUCAACCUGUUUAAUUUUGCAGCAGAUUUACACUUAAGAGUGACAACAACGUCAGCCUGGCUGAGCGAAUUAUUCACAUCGCUUAGUUUGCUGGGUUGUCAGCAAAACUUCGUACAACGUUACUUAAGCAUGCCAACGCUCUGCAAGAUCAGGAGAACCAUGCUGGUGAACAUCCCGCUAGUAGCGAUUCUGUUCUCCUUACCAUGGCUAGUGGGAAUAGGAAUAUAUGCUCUAUACUAUACCUGCGAUCCGUGGAAAGCAGGUUAUACCGAAAAGAUGGAUCAAAUCUUGCCAUACUUCAUAGUGGACUAUUUUGCAAAUGUGCCAGGAGUAUGGGGCUUAUUCGUGGGAACCCUAUUCAAUGGAGCACUUACUUUUAACAUAUCUAGCCUCAACUCGCUUGCCAUUGUAACGUGGGAGGAUUUCCUCUCAAUCGUUCCAGCGCUAAAAGGGAAAAGUGAUAGCUUUCAAUUGACUGUGAUUAAAGUAGUUGGUUCAGUUUACGCAAUAAUUAUAAUGGGAAUUGGAUUCCUCGUCGGUCUAUUAUCAGGAGUUAUAGAAUCAUCGAUUUUAGUACUUUCCGCUACGUCCGGACCCCUAUUAGGAGUGUUUAUACUCGCAAUGUUUGUGCCAUUCGCCAAUUGGAAAGGCGCUGCACUAGGAAUGGUUCUUUCACAUGCCAUAACAAUCUGGAUUUUUACGGGUCGCUUAUUAUACGUGGAAGUCAAUGAUUCGUUGCUUCCAACCUCCAUAGACGGUUGUGGUACACAAUUUCGGCUCGAAUACAAUAUUUCAUCUUAUUUGUUUAAUGCUGAGCUUGGGCCAGCGUCUGCAUCCUUCGAGGAAUCCUUACUAUACCGAAUAUAUUCCGUAUCCUAUAUGUACUACAGUGUGUUUGGUACUAUUUUAACAGUCUCCGUAGGGAUAGUAUUUAGCUUAGCAACGUGGAGUAAACUUGAUGCUUACAAUACGAAGAUGCUACAUCCGGCUGUGCGGUGGCUCCACUCCCGAUCUCCAUUCGGUAGUAAACGCUUUGGGUCAUUUGAUCUGAAUAAGAAGAUUGAACAUCACCCUGAAACGAUAAACAGUGUUACAGCGGAGAGGAUCACCGCUAAAAGUUGA